AUGAACUUCAAACCAGGUGAUCUUGUUCAUUUGCAGUUAUCCAAAAGCGAGAAAAAACAGGAAUCAGGAUUGAAAUUGGAAGAACGAAAUGGUGGAAAAAUCUACGUUCGCAAGGUGACAGGCCUCGUCAAGCGGAGGGGUUUGCCAGUGGAACCGGGCGAUGAGUUGGUUUCUCUGCAUGGUACAGAUGUGGAAGAUAUGACAAUGCCGGAAAUGAAACGAAUUAUUAAGGACGAGCUUCGGUUCAACUUUUCAAUACGGAAGUACGAUCCGGAUGAGGAAGAAUCCGAGGAGGAGGAGGAAGAGGAAGAAGAGGAAUACGAAGAACAAUACCGGGCCAGCAAGCAAGUGGAACAAUACCCCGACGAAAUCCAACCAGGAUAUCACUAUAUUUUGGAAGGAAUCAAGCUAAAGGAGUACAAUGGUGAACGAGUUGAAGUUAUUCAACCUGGCAAGAAGCCAGGAAAAUGGGAAGUGGAGGUUGUAAGUUCCGGAGCUAUCCUGGCUGUACGAGAAGAGAAAUUAGUCCAAAUUCCGCAAGAUUCUGAAGAAGAAGAGGAAGAAGAAGAGAUACUGAACGAUUUGCCAGAAGAAGAAGAAGAGGAGGAAGAAGAGCCAGAAGAAGAGGUGGAGGAACACAUGCUAUCAGUAGAAGGCUACAUUAUUGAACCAGGUGACACCAUGAAACUUCGUGGGCUCAAGAAGAAAGCCAAACUGAACGGAACACUUGUAAGUGUGAUCAAGCUGAGCGCAAUGCGAAAAGAGUGGAAAGUAGAGCUGGCAAAUGGCACUAAAAUGUCCGUGCCUGGAUCCAAUUUAAGGCACGUCCAAUAG